ACAGAUAGCGCUAACCAACCCGAAGUCGAAGCCACAUUCAAAGAUCGGGAAACAGCCACCUCUAUAUAGCCUGCCCUUCGUCUGCAAAACAUUUCAGACCAAAUUUUCUUGAGGCAAAUUAACUUUCGUGAGUUUUAUCAGCCGGCGAGAUGGUGCUCGUGAGGAUGACCCGUUCCGUCCCUCGCUUGCUGCGCUUGGCCCGCACCUCCGCCCAUCGAGCCAACCACCUCCCUCUGGCCCCCGUAUGUUCACGCUGUGUCCAUAGGGGUCCCUUUGGAGGCAGUGAUCCUUUUGCGAAGAUGGAGGACUUCAUGAGAGACAUGGAGAGGAAGUUCAAGAGGGAUAUUGAGGACACUGUCAGUGCUAUUACUAAAGAGGUGCCACAAGGCCUGAUUCCCCGCUUGUGGGACGUUACGCCACGCCCUAGGUUUGGAGAUGUCAAAAACCUGUCCACCCCCGAGACGUACAAGCUCGCCUUCUACUUCAAAAAUGCCAAUCCAGAAGACGUGACGGUAUCGUUGAAGGACCGCACCCUGACAGUAUCAGCCAAGAUUGAGGAAACGACCGAGUUCUCCCGAUCUUCGCAGAAUUUCACUUCUCAGUAUGACCUACCCGAGGGCCUAAACCUUGAUGCGUUGGAGUCCACCAUGGCGGAUGAUGGCGUGUUAACCAUCGAGGCUCCACAAAUAGUGCAAGAAGAAACGAAAGGUCCCAAGAGCAUUCACAUUCAAAGGGAAUGAUUUGUACUGUAAAUAUUUUCUUGGUUUUGUUAGUAGGGAUGUAUAAUAUUGAAAGAAAUAGGGAGUGUAAAAUAGUUUAAAGUUUUAAAUCAUGCCUAGAAAUGGGAUAUGUUGUAUAUGUUGAUAUACAUGUAGAGGAAAAUAUACUGUAGUAGAGGGUAUAAGUAUAGACAUUACAAUAUAUUUCAGUUGAAGUAUUAGAAGCAUUUAUGUUCUAUUCAUAGGAAAUUUGAUUAAGAUAUUGUUACAUUAUCAUAAGCUAAAACAAGAAUUUCUUUAUAUCAUAUGGCUGUGUUUAUCUUCAAAACUUGUUUAUAUUUUUGAAAUAGAUUAAAGAUAAAAAGAGAA